GCAAGAUCGUCCUCGAAAAAAGCAGAGGUAGGUCGCCUUGUCGUAGUACACAGUAUACUAGGCUCGUGGCUUCAUUUCAAGUAAAGCCCGGUCAAACGCCACAUUUCGCUACCUACUAGUAACUCUGACACUGACUUUCUCCCACCCGGCCCCUUCUUCCCAGAAAUCGACAGCACCAAAACUCUCACUCCCUUCCCCCUCUUGUUGGGCGUUUGCACAACUUCACCCACCACUAUUCCUCCCGCCACCACCACUACUUACUACUACUAACUAGCAUGGCGCAUCCCAAUUCCCUCCUCGUUGAACCCUCCACCUACGACACCACCAUGGACGGCCUCCUCUCUACCACCACCACCACCACUACUACUACUACUACUAUGCCGCUCCGCGUGCACCGCAACGCCUCCCUCGCAGACCGCGGCGCCCUGCGCGCCCAGCGGGACUGGCAACGGUCCAUCGGGCCCCUCCCCCCCGGAUAUUCGGGCGCCAUGGGGCCCGAGCACAACUUCGUGUCGACGUGCAUGCCCGACCUCCUGCCGGAGCGUCUCGAGCUUGUGGCGUACGCGGUCGAGUUUACCUUUAUCAUCGACGACAUGAUUGACGCCGCGGCCGAGGCGCCCCUUGCUGCGGUUGCCGCGCCUUAUCUUAUGGAUUUGCUGGCGGCGCAGGAUGUGAUCAGGAGGAGGAGGACGAAGGGUGCGGGUGGGGAGGGGGAUGAGGAUGGGGAUGUUUCCUCCUCCUCGUCGUCGUGCUCGCCGGCUUUGAGGUUGAUGGUUGGGUUUGGCAAGGCCAUGUAUGAUGUCGACUAUGAACGCGCUGAGGAUGUGUUCGGGUGGCUGAGGAAGAUGAUGACGGGUUUGUUAAGCCGCGAGAGGGACGGUCGGGAGAUUCGGGACUUUGAUGAGUACCUCGAGUAUAGACGUAUCAAUGUCGGUUCACAGCCCCUGUUUGGGUUGAUGAUCUUCGGCAUGGGCCUCAGCAUCCCCGAAGACCAACAGCAGACGUGCCUCGAGCUCUCCCAGCCCUUCUGGCUGCAGCUCGCGCUCGCAAACGAUUACCACUCCUGGGAGCGCGAGUCCAAAGCCGCUGUCGAUGGCCGCCAGGCGUCGAUGACGAAUGCUAUCUGGGUCUUGAUGAACAAGCACUCGAUGACCUGCGACGAGGCGAAGGCGGUAUGCCGCGAAAAGGCGAGGCAGUAUGCCGCCGAGUGCGAGCGUGUGGUCGAGGCAGCCCGGGCGAGAGACGAUCUCUGCCCGGAUGCCAAGCGCCUUCUCGAACAAGCCAAGUUUCUAGUUAGCGGGAACAUUGCCUGGGCGCUCCAGUGCCCUCGCUAUCAUGCCGAUCGGAAGCUGAACGCGGCGCAGCUCGAGAUGGCCGCGGCUAUUUGGGCGGACGAGAGCGAUAGCUGGGAUUGUGCCGAGCGGCCGGAGAGUGUGAACGACGUUGCCGCUACCGAGCAGCACUCCGAGGUCAAAGCCAACGGGGCACUUCUCAGUACUACUAGUGCCACCGUCGCUAACGGCAAUAGCCUCACUAACCACAGUUCUCUCACCGACGGUGCCAUUACUACUAACACCAAUGGCCCCCGCAUCAACGGUGCUCUUACCAACAGUUCCUCCCCACCCAAAAGCAUGGCAGCUGUAAUACGAGACGUCCCCGCCCUAGGCACUGAGAUCCUCGAAGCCCCAUCCCACUACAUCGACGCCCUCCCCGGCAAGGGCAUGCGCACCAAGGCGCUCGACGCGCUGAACAGCAUGUGGUACCACGUUCCACCGCACCAGACAGCCAUCAUCCUACGGAUCAUUGACCUCCUGCACGGCGCCUCCCUCAUGCUGGACGACAUCCAGGACGCUUCGCAGCUCCGCCGCGGCAAGCCAGCCGCCCACGUCGUCUUCGGCCCCAUGCAGACCAUCAACUCGGCCGGCUACCGCUUCCUGGCUGCCCUGACCGAGGUGAGGAAGCUGGAUCCGAGGUGUAUGGAUAUCUUUUGCGAUGAACUGCGAGAUCUGUACGUUGGCCAGAGCUACGACUUGUCCUGGACCUGCAACCUGGACUGUCCGACAGAGGAGGAGUAUCUCGCCAUGGUGGAUAGCAAAACGGCUGGCCUGUUUCGGAUGCUGGCGAGGAUGCUGGACGCACAGUCGGAUUCCCCGACCAAGCCGGACACGGCACUGUUGACCCGUUUCACGACCCUCCUCGGCCGGCUGUUCCAGAUCCGGGACGAUUACAUGAACUUGACCUCUGCCGAUUACACCCAACAAAAAGGCUUCUGCGAAGACCUCGACGAAGGGAAAUACUCCCUCCCCCUGGUCUAUGCACUAGGAGGGUGCAAAUCCGAUGAGCCCGGAUCGGCCGCGACCACAGCGACCCCGAAACCGACGGCUCUCCUCCUCCGCAACCUCCUCUCCCAACGACACGUCUCUGGAAGGAUGGGCCUGGACCAGAAGAAGCUGUUCCUCGAAUAUCUCGAGCAGCAGGGGGGCUUGCCUACACGCGCCGCGCCCUGGACGCACUGCAGGUCGAGUUGAGAGGUCUGGCGGAGCAGAUGGGGGCCGUGCAGAAGAAAAAUGGAGGUCUAUUAAUGGAGCUUUUGGAGACGUUGGAGGUCUGACGAGGGAGGGAGGGAAUUGGUACUAGAGAUUGAGUUCAACCUUUUCCGUAUGGGGAUGUUUUGUAUAGCAGCAGAAUAACAGCGUAGAUAGACUUAGCAGGGUUAUAUCGGAGCUACAUGAUCAAAUUCACGUUCGCUUCCGAGCAUUUUGUAU